AUGCUUGGGCGCCCAUAUGACCAAUACAUCAGUUCCGACUUCCUUGGGCCAGGCCCGUUGCCGGCAGGCCGGAAAAUCUACCUAAUUGUGCUCAACUACUGCCUUCCCGCGGGCCUUCUCCACGUAUGGCCGUUAGCAUCCUUCCGCAUAUGCGCGGACGGCGGCUCCAACCGCUUGUACGACGAGCUGCCGGCCAUGAUGCCACCGGCCCCCGAAGACAUUACCACCGGGUUGGAGGUCCUGAAUGCAGAGAAGGACAUGGCACAAGAGGCCGUGACGAAGGCGGCGACAGCGGCACGAUCAGAGGCAGCAUUCGGGAGUGGACAGGUUGAAUCAGUUCCCAUGUCCGGCAUAUGCACUCUAGGCCAAGCAUCUGCGAACGGCGGCGGUGCCGCGCUGGCACCGCAUGGCCAUGGAUACAGCAGCACCACUACCGGCGACGUCAAGGACAGUGACCCACAUGGGCCCAGCGGGCCAAGCUACCAGGUCAAGCACCACGAGCGCAGCGCCGCCGGCUUGGGACUCCACACCGAUAUUUCCACCUUGUUACGGCUGGCAUAUUUGCCUGAUGUCGUAUUGGGUGACCUGGAUUCCCUCAGACCAGAUGUACGGCAGUACUACGUCCAACACGGAGUGCCUUUCAUGGAUAUGUCGUACGACCAGGAUACCAACGACCUUGCGAAGGCGAUCUCGUUAAUUGAGGAGCGCUUUAUUAGGACGGACCUAGACCACAGCCCCGACCGCCAUCAAAUUCUGGUGCUAGGUGCUCUGGGUGGCCGUCUGGACCACACCCUGGCCAACCUCAACGCACUUCACAUGUUCUCCCACCUCAACAUCACCUUAUGGGGUGACGGCAACCUGGCGCGGCUGGUUCGCCCGGGCAAGGCGCUCAUAACACCGGAUGAAAGGUUCGAGGGACCCACGUGCGGCCUGAUCCCCAUUGCCGGUCCCGUCACCGCCACCUCCACCGGCCUCAAGUGGAACGUGGCCUCCACCCAGCUACGAGUGGGCGGUUUGGUGUCGUCAUCCAAUAUGCUGACUGGGACGGCAGUGGAGAUCAGCUGCGACGGACCGCUGCUGUGGAGCACGGAGGUGCACAUGGAGCCGCGGCCCGACCUGCGUACGUUGUGGGCGCGGACGGCAGCUGCGGCGGCGGCGGCACAUGCGCGGGAAGAACAGCAAUGUCAUCAUCAGCAGCAGGUGCUGCAGUUGCAUUAA